CUCUGCGGCGCGGUCCGCGGUGGAGGCGGCUGGAGAGGCUAGGGGGUGGCGGAUGGCUCUGCGGGGCCCGGCGGUCUUCGGGCCCGGUUCCCGCGGGUCGUUGGACGAGGUCGGGGCCGAGGGGCGCGAGGCUGCGGCCCUUGCGGCGGCGGGAGUCGCGCUGGAGGACGAUGAGGAGGACGAUGGCCGCCGGGGCCUGCUGCGCUGGGACGGCUUCUCGGCCUGGCUGCACUGCGUGUGUGUGGUGGGCUUCGACCUGGAACUGGGCCAGGCGGUGGAGGUAAUAUAUCCUCAACACUCCAAACUUACUGAUAAAGAAAAAACGAAUAUUUGCUAUCUGUCUUUUCCAGACUCAAAUUCAGGUUGUCUUGGAGAUACCCAAUUUUGUUUUAGAUUCCGCCAGUCUUCUGGGAGGAGGGUGUCACUGCAUUGUCUUCUUGAUCAAUUUGACAAAGAUUUACCAGUUUACUUAAAGGUUGGAAAAGUGGUCAUGGAAAAAUCCCAUAAAGAUCCUGCAUAUUUUUAUGGAUAUGUGUAUUUUCGACAAGUUCGAGAUAAAACUCUUAAAAGAGGCUACUUUCAGAAGUCAUUGGUUUUGAUCAGCAAAUUACCUUAUAUUCAUUUUUUUCACACCGUACUCAAACAGAUAGCACCAGAGUAUUUUGAAAAAAAUGAACCUUACUUGGAAGCAGCUUGUAAUGAUGUUGACCGAUGGCCUGCCCCAGUGCCAGGGAAAACACUGCAUCUGCCUAUCAUGGGAGUAGUAAUGAAGGUACGGAUUCCCACAUGCCAUGACAAGCCUGGGACCACUCAGAUGGCGCAGUUAACUCAGCAGGCAGACACGCACACAUCUGUUAUUUUACCUACUGUUCAUGAGGUGGAUCUUUUCAGGUGUUUCUGUCCAGUUUUCCUUCAUAGUCAGAUGCUUUGGGAGUUGGUACUGUUGGGAGAGCCUCUUGUGGUCAUGGCACCAUCGCCAUCAGAGUCUUCUGAAACUGUACUGGCCCUUGUUAACUGUAUAUCCCCAUUAAAGUACUUUAGUGAUUUUCGACCUUACUUCACAAUUCAUGAUAGUGAAUUCAAAGAAUAUACUACCCGUACUCAAGCUCCGCCCUCAGUCAUCUUAGGAGUGACCAACCCCUUUUUUGCUAAAACGCUGCAGCACUGGCCGCACAUUGUUCGAAUAGGAGAUCUUAAGCCUGCAGGUGAAAUUCCUAAGCAAGUAAAAGUGAAAAAGUUGAAGAACCUAAAAACUCUGGAUUCUAAGCCUGGAGUUUAUACUUCUUACAAGCCAUAUCUAAACAGAGAUGAGGAGAUCAUAAAACAACUCCAGAAGGGUGUACAGCAGAAACGUCCUUCUGAGGCUCAGAGUGUUAUUCUGCGACGCUAUUUUUUGGAACUGACACAAAGUUUCAUCAUCCCAUUAGAAAGAUAUGUGGCAAGCUUGAUGCCUUUGCAGAAAAGUAUUUCUCCAUGGAAGAGUCCACCCCAGCUACGACAGUUCCUUCCAGAGGAGUUUAUGAGAACACUUGAGAAAACGGGUCCUCAGCUCACAUCUGGAAUAAAAGGCGAUUGGAUUGGACUGUACCGGCAGUUUCUAAAGUCUCCAAAUUUUGAUGGCUGGUUCAAGACCCGACGGAAAGAAAUGACCCAAAAAUUGGAGGCACUUCAUCUAGAAGCUCUUUGUGAAGAGGACCUCCUUCUCUGGAUCCAGAAACAUACAGAAGUAGAAACAGUAGACCUUGUAUUGAAGCUGAAAAAUAAGUUGUUGCAGGCUGACCGAGAGAACUUACCUGUGAAACCUGAUACUGUGGAGAAGUUACGGACACAUAUAGAUGCAAUUAUCCUAGCAUUGCCAGAGGACCUGCAAGGCAUACUGCUCAAGACUGGCAUGACAUGAUACUUACCAGGCUUUCCAGCCAAAAAGGACUGUGAACCAUGAAGCAUAUUGACAUUUUAUCCAGACACACAAAGGACCUGUCUCAGUGGCGUGGAAAACAGCAGCAGUUGCUAGAUGCAGGUGGAAAGACUGAGCAUACAGACAAACAUUUUUAGUGCAUUCUGUGGUGGUUCCACAAUAGCGAAAUACCGAAAGACAUUUACAUACUUUUAAUCAUGUUCUAAAGUGCUCUUAUGAGAGGCCUGUGGGCCACCAAUAUAAGUGACUCCAAACUGCAGUGCCGGCAUUGCAGAUAUUUUUAAACUGGUGCUGCUUUGCCCAGUCAUGUUGAAACUCAGGGGAAUAUAAAAAUAAUGUUCACACUGGCUAUCUUCUUAUAAAAGAGAAACUGAACGUUCCAACUAUAGUUAGAUAUAACUGGGCUUAUGUAGUGCCUUCCAUUGUCCUAUAUGUUUCACAGGGUCCAGCUGCUAAUUGAAAAAGAAAAGCUUUUUCUUUUUUGAUUCUGAUACAUAACUUUAAAGGCAUUAUGUCAAGUAAUCAUUUGCUCAAAAGUGUUUCUUGUUGCCCCUUGUGUUUAUUGGCUAGUAUUUUAAAAUAUCAGGUAGGUUUUCAUUUCACAAUUCUCUUUACCAUUUUCAAAAUUAAGUCUUAUGGGUUUCUCUAAAGGAAGAAGGCAUAUGUAAUUCUAGUUAUGGAAGAGUUGAUUUUUCUCUUUCCUUUUACUAACUGGGCCUAUAUAAAUUAAUCAGCUUGAAUGCCUUUAGAAAACAUUCUCACUAUGAACAUCAUAGUCAGCUUUUUAAAAAAAUUAUUAUUCUUAUGUUAUUCAUAAGCCAUUCAUGUAAUAAUUAUUUAGGACUUUUAAGUUUAAUCUUCUUUUUUUUUUUUUUUUUUUUUCCCCUUCCAGAGACAGGAUUUCUCUGUGUAGCCUUGGCUGUCCUGGACUCUCUUUGUAGACCAGGCUGUUCACAAAUUCACAGAGAUCGGCCUGCUCUGCCUCCCUAAGUGCUGGGAUUGCAGGCGUGUGCCAGCACACCCAGCUUUUAAGUUUAAUUUUCAACGUUAUUUGUUGAGUGAUACUUUUUCCCCUAAAUUAAUGAUUUUCAGAAUACUUGUUCUGUUAUUGUCUGACAUGGGAACUUCUGUCUAAGUCAACAUUAUGGUUUUGUUUGUUUUCAUUUUGUUUGUACUACCUUGCCAAAAAUAGAAUGAUAUUGUUUGGUUUGUGUUUAAAUGAGAGUGUUUGCAGAAGCUACUGUUCAAACAGGCACACACAAAGUAGCACAUAUGUAAAUAGCUGUGUCUCAGUACUCUCCCUCCUAGCAGCCAAAACUAGGUAUAUGUGUUUGUCACACAAUGGCUUCAGAAGCCAUCUCUUGUUCUCUCUUGAUGUUAUUAUUAAGGGCAUUUUUGAUCCAAGAAGGGUUCUCUGUGCUGUGACUGUGGUCUCAAAUCCAAGUGUGCCCUUAGUCAUGGAUACAGUUUCUUGAAGCAUACCACUGUCAAAGAAUAUGGCCUUUGGAUGAAAUAAUUUGUCUGGAUCAAAUGGGUUAUUUUGUAAAACAAUACUCCCCUUUCAGAAAAGGGGCAAUUACUUUUAUAUGCUAAAGUACUUCAUAACUUUCUGGGAAACUUUAUUUAGGUAGAAAUGGUUACCUUAUUAUUUUUCAAAAAAUGUAUUUUAAUAAUUUCACAGUUUAUAUAAAGUUUGUGACAUGAAUAUGAAAGUUGUUAGUGUUAUAUCCAGGAUCUUUUGAAAUAUACUUCUACAGGAUAUAUCAUUUGAAGUUUAUUUUGCACACCUAAAGAAUAACAUGAAGUGUCAAUUAGCAUGAUAAUGCUGUUUUUACAUUUAACGAAUAUACUAGAAACUCAACCUAGGUUGAAAACCAAAUCACAUGCACCUACUUUAUCUCUUAAUUUCAAAUUAUGUACCUGCAAGAAUAGCUUAAGGUUGCAUUGAAAACCCAAGAAAGACUGAAUGCUAACUUAAAUUUUUAUAUGAUUUUUAGAAUCGUCUCUCUUUUUUUUAAGUUUAAUAUUCACGCCCUCCAUGUAAUGUGUUAUCUCCACCAGCAUCAGAAGGAAUCAGUGCUUUUAGGGUGUUGUGUAAUGCCUAGUGCCUUCUAUUUACAGUGGAAAAGAGGUUUUGUGGAGGCAUUUAUGGUCAUUACCAAAAACUGAAUUAAAGGUCUUGGAUUUUAAACCACUUGGA